AUGGAUGUCCCCGAGCCCGAACAGUCGCCUUUCACGGCCGUGUCUGUCCACACCUCCAAGAUCACUCGGCAAUACCAAGCCUACCUCGAUGCCUCAACCCCAUACACAACCUACAGAUGGGUAGGAUCCGGCGCCCUCUUAUUCCUAUUCUUCCUGCGCAUCAUCUUCGCACAGGGCUGGUACAUCGUGGCCUACACCCUCGGAAUCUACCUACUGAACCUCUUCCUCGCCUUCCUAACACCCAAAUUCGACCCCUCCCUCACACAGGACGAAGGCCUUGAAGAUGGAGAUGCAGGCUCCCCCAGCCUGCCAACCAAGAAAGACGAAGAAUUCAGACCCUUCAUCCGGCGUCUCCCAGAAUUCAAAUUCUGGCACUCUGCCACCCGCGCCAUUGCCAUCGGCUUCCUCUGCGCCUGGCUGCCUAUGUUUGAUAUUCCCGUUUUCUGGCCUGUUCUGGUCGUGUACUGGAUUAUCCUGUUUGUGUUGACGAUGCGACGACAAAUCCAGCACAUGAUCAAGUACCGCUAUGUACCGUUCUCGUUCGGAAAAACACGGUACGGCCGGUCAUAG